AUGGAUCAUGAUAAGGAGGAGAAAUCAAGCUCAUUAUUCUCAACGGGAAAUAGUGCUCAAGAGAUGGGUUUCACUUAUGUUCCACAACGUUACGUGGUUCCAACUUUGCAAAGGCCCAGUUUGGCACCAAAAGAUGCUAACGUUGCUGUUAUUGACAUAGCUGCACUCAGGAAUAAUAAUGGCUUGUCAGCAGAAAAUAGGUUUCGUGUAAUUCAAGAAAUUAGCGACGCUUGUCGUAGCUUGGGCUUCUUUCAAAUUGUAAACCACGGAAUAAGUGAGUCAGUGUUGGAGGGAGCAAUAUCCGUAGCAUCGAAGUUUUUCGAUUUGCCGACAAAGGAAAAGUUAAAAUUGGGUUCAAGUGAUGUGCGCAAGCCAGUGAGGUACGCAACAAGCUUGAAAGAUGGGGUUGAUAAGCAUCAAUUUUGGAGGGUUUUUCUAAAACACUAUGCUCAUCCCUUGAACGAUUGGAUUCACAUGUGGCCUGAUAAUCCACCAGACUACAGGGAAAAGAUGGGGAGAUAUUGUGAAGAAAUAAAGAAAGUGAGCCUAGAGGUGAUGGAAGCAAUCCUAGAAAGUCUAAAAUUGAAGGCAUCAACAACACCGGCUCUAACAAAAAAACUUGAAGAUGGGAUGCAAGUGAUGGCAGUGAACUGCUACCCACCAUGUCCAGAGCCAGCUAUGGCCUUAGGCCUUCCACCACACUCUGACUACAGCUGCCUCACCAUCGUGUACCAAAACUGCCAAGGCCUUGAGAUAAUGGAUUCUACUACGUGUUCUUGGAAGUUAGUUCCACAUGUUCCUUAUGCACUUCAAGUUCAUAUCGGUGAUCACUUUGAGGUGCUAAGCAAUGGUUUGUUCAAGAGUGUUGUCCAUAGAGCUACUCUUCACAGGGACAGGACAAGGUUCUCCAUUGUUAGCUUGUUUAGUUUGGGAAUGGAUGAUAAGAUGGGGGUUGCUGCAGAGCUUAUUGAUGAUGAUCAUGAUGAUCAUGAGCAUCCAAAGAAGUACAGGGAAAGCAGCUUUAGAGAUUUUCUUGAUUUUCUUGCGUCUAAUGACAUCGCUCAAGGGAAGAACUUCAUUGAUACGCUGAAGAUCGAAAAGAAUAAUUAGCUGCUGGGUUUGUUGGUGAGUCUGGGUUAACGUAAGGAGGAAUAGAAAGGGAACCCAAAAAUUUUGCUUUACAAUUCGAUUUGUCUUCAAGACAAUUGGAUUUGUGUUUCAUUUCUAUCUACUUGUUGUCUUAGCUAAUAUGAGAAGAUUCAUCUAUUGUUGGUUUAGCUUGUCUCAAAUUUGGAAACAGAGUCUUUGUAGUUGGUCCUACUAAACAAUAGAUUAGAUGUGCUGAAG